AUAUCCAAAACCCAACGAGUAUUAAAAUUAUUGAAAUACGCUUAUCAUACUGCGUGUUUUAAUAAUUGUUUUGAAGGGUGAAAUUAGGCUUGGAGUCGCUCAUAUGGUGAGUGCCUUUCACACCGAGUGCCAUAUACUCCUCAAAGGGGAAAAUUGUCCGAUACAUCGAAAGAGUGCCACUAAAGAGAACGAGAUGACUUAUCUUUUUGAGUGGAAAUGUACGAAAAAGUGAAAUAGCAACGGGAAAUAAUACUGGUUAGAAAGAGUAAACACGUCCAACCUCCAUGUUCUCUCUUACACAAUACUACAGAUUGGUUUAAAAUAUCAAUUUGUUUCGCUCGCUCUCUCAUGACAGAGAAGAAGCCAUCUUCAUUUCUCGCACUGGUUUUCCUUGCGCUUUGCGUUGUUAUAUGCGAAACUUUUGUAUUGUGUCAUAAACGAACUACUUGUCAUAACGUAAACAACUUCGGACUUCUAAGAUCGUAUUUUUAUUAUUAUAAUAUUAAUAACAGUAAAAAUAAAGCAACACUUAUUGACAGGCGUGUGUUCGGGUGGGCGUCUGAACGAAUAAAGACAAGCAUUUCCGCGUUUACUAAAAUAGCCAUCAAUAAAUUGCCGUGUAUAGGAAAGUCACCUACCGUCGCAUUGUUUUUCGAUUUUGUUUUUGCUCUAUAUCGAUAAAAGUGACUAUUUGUUUACAAGUUAAACAAAGCACAGUAUUAUCUUCGGUCAGUAAUUUGAUCUAUACACAUUUGAAUCCAUGAAAAAAUCGAGGUUGCUUUCAAUAGGUUAAUGGUGAAAACAAAUUUUCUGUGACAGUAAAUGGGAAUCAACUAUGAGCCUACUCAAAGAAAAUACCAGUGCACAUAAUUGAAAAUAUGUAAAAGAUGUGAAAAAAGAUGUUCAAAUCAGUGCGAUGAAGUUUUUACACAUAUUGUGCAAUUGAAUGUAACUUGGUUUCAAGUGUAUUUCGGCAAGUGUUUCGGAUGGUUAAAAAAUCGUGUGAUUAUAGUUCUAACGUAGGCGGUUUGAUAUCAAGAAAAAAUCAAUCACGUACAGUGUAACAAGGAAAAUUAAUCAAUGAAAACAUAAAAGUGUAAAACAAAUGUGUCGAUACCGCAAUAUGUUUUCUUUAUGAUAUUUAGGAUACUAAUAGCGCAAUCGUUAUUCUAGUGCACAAAAAGCAUCAAACUAAUAAUGUUAAACCGCCAGAAAACCGUCUAUAAUAACGUUUUGCGUAAAUUGUGAUUAUUAAAUAAAUAGCUUUAAACGAAGAUACAAGCGUCCUUGUUUAAAAGGGACUGUGUGUUGCUCAAGUGAUUGUCGCAAACACCCAACUCGGAAGGCAGUCCAUUGACUACUGGUAGUGAGGACAGCCCAAAUUCACCACCAACCAGCAAAAUGUAUCCAUUUGUUUCAAAUCAUCCGACUACACACACUAGCUACUCGACCAUGCCAGGAUUCUCUGGUUUAGAUGAUAAAUCGUGCAGUAGGUAUACCGAUAGUGUAAUGAAUAGCUAUCCUCCGAUGGGAGUCCCUGGUAGCGCCAGUAUUGCACAGUUUUACCAACAGGCAGCUGCGGUUUCUGCCGCGUCGGCAGGAGUCGGCGUUGACUCGUUGGGGUCAGCUUGUUCCCAACUUUCUUCAUCCGUCGGUGGUGCGCAGUCUGGUCUGCCUGAUAUAACCCGUCAUCCUUGGCUGGUUACUGCAUCGCAAUCAGCUCUUCAGAAGUUUGCCAGUACAGAUUGGAUGAGCAAUCCUUUUGAUCGGGUAGUCUGCGGCGAUUUUGCAGGACCUAACGGAUGUCCACGCCGGCGCGGUCGUCAAACCUACACUCGGUUUCAGACGCUUGAACUUGAGAAGGAAUUCCAUUUCAACCAUUAUCUAACCCGCCGACGAAGAAUCGAAAUUGCGCAUGCCCUCUGUUUAACAGAGCGACAGAUAAAAAUCUGGUUUCAAAACCGUCGAAUGAAAUUAAAGAAAGAACUUCGUGCAGUCAAGGAAAUCAACGAACAGGCUCGCCGCGAGCGUGAGGAACAAGACAAAAUGAAGAACGAAUCGCUAAAAUCCGCCCAACAGCAUCACAGCCAAAAACAGGCUCAACAAGAACACACCGUUGUUGGCUCUCAACAAACCAGUAACGGGGGUGGAACUGGUGGAGGAACUGGUGGAAGUGGUGGUGCAGGAAGCGGUGGUAGUUCUGGAAACCUUGGAAGCCACCUGCAUCAUCCUUCAAUCGUUUCGCAAAAUGAUCUGAAACUUGGGCUUGGUGGAAUGGGAGUCGGAGUUGGAGGAAAUCUCAGUAUGAUGGGAGGUCUGGAUAAUAAAACGAAUCAAGACAUCCUUAAAGCAGUUAUGCAACAUAACAAACGAUGGGAUUAGAGUUUUUUGCAUAAUCACAUAAAAGUGUUUAAAUAAUGGAUCAUUAUUUUAAAGCACAUCUUCAGUUUUGAUUUAUACAACGUCUUAUGUUCAAGGAAGUUUUUUAAAGCAUUGGAUGGCUAAAUGUCUUAUUAAUUUAAGUAAUUGUUUUAAACACAAUAUUGAAUCAUUUAUACUUCUCAAAAUACUCGUUCCUGAAAAUACUAACAGCUGACGGAUCACUUUUUGUUUACCAAAUUUGCAGCAGUUAAUUUUCAAAAUUUUCUUUUUUCUUCUCUUUCUUUUCAUUAUUCCAUUAAUGUACCUGUCAUAUGUUAUGAUUAUUUGAUUGGUCUUCUUGACACUUACUUGUCAUAUACGAACGACAUUUAUGCAAUGUACAGCACAAACUUGAAUACUACCAAUGACUGGAUGAGUUAAGAACAAAGAUACAUUCAAAUUGCUGUCCAAUCAAACAACGCUACUCUGUCCUGUCUACACAUUUCAACUUUCAACUGGAUUAAAAAUGGCGGAUAAGUAUUCAACGCUUAGUAAAAACACUGUAAUUGGAACAAUGCGGCAUUGGUCACAAACAAAUUGACUUCAAUAUCUCUAAAGGAAACGAGAUAUGGAGACUUACCUAUGCUAUUGCUUUUAAUCCAACUUCAUUUGAAUGGUUAUCCACCAGCUGCAGGAAAAACAGCACAGCGCAUAGAUGACACGGAACAUCCCACAGAAUCGGAAAAUAGCAUUUUUAAUGUAAACAUUAUAGAUAAUCAAAAUAUAUCUUUUGACCGUCUUUGCCCUAACAUUUGAGCAAAUGAAUACGAUAGGCACAAUCAAAGAGCAUAACAAGUAAAAGUCAUCUUCAGAUAAACAAUAGUGGAGAGCUGCAUCGUAAACCCACAUUUGGUUAGAAACAAUAAGUUCUAACAACAAUCAACAAAGUUUGUCUCCAUAUAUUUUUCCAUUCAGCUAAGUUACAUAAAUAAGUGUAGUUUAUGGAGAAAACAACACUUCAAUUUAAAACGCUGUAACGAAACAAAACAGGACGUAACUUAACAUAGAACUCGUCAAUCGAUAGGUGUAUAAUGAUAAGAUAGAAACAAAUGAUACGUACUAGUUUGUAAGAAAUUAAUAAUUAUUUUUUGCGAUUCCUUCCGUGAGGAUGAUCAUCAUGAUGUGUUCUGGUAAUGAUUUAAUACCACCAAUCCCUUUUUCCUUAUCGAAACAAUUUUCCUUAUAUGUUAACCAGUGUCCAACGUAUUUUUUUAUAAAUGCUAAUAUAUAGCCGCAAUAUGCUUAAGCUUCUUCAAGACUUAGUAAAAGUCAUAGGAUGGACUAGAACAUAAAUCUAAAACAUUUUUCAGUUACAGUUGCAACGUUUGAAGUAUGUAAAUUAAUGAAUUUAAUGAAUAUUUGCUUGAGUGUAUUUGUAUUUAAUUUUUUAAAUAUAAUUUAAAUUUCAAAAAAUACUCAAGUUGAACAUAAUCACCUUUCCUACAGCAUACUACUAUUAUAUUGUUGUCUAACGUGACGCCCGUCCUCAUAUUUUUCAUAGUUUUUGUUUUGUUUCUUAUUUAAGUGUAAGUCUAGAAUUUGAACUCUAAAAAUAAUUUUAAUUCAGAUGUUGUAUUUGGGAGAUAAUCGAAUGAACAGUAUAACCGCGAUUAAAUAUCAGUCAGAUGCAAUUAACAUAUUUUUCAGCGCUCGUUCGUGCGUUUGUUUUACUCCGAUUAGAAAGUAACAGUGACAACAAAGCGUUUAAAAACGCUCACCAUAUACGUAAUUAACAUGUAGACAUUAUUUAAGAAAUGCGUCAUUAUAUACUAAAAUAUGUGUAAAACUAUCUUUAACAAAUUGAGACAAAAUUUAAAACAUCAAAACAAAAACAAGAAAAAUAAAAAAAAUAUAAAAGUAAAAUAUGUUUCCUGUCAUCACUCAAACAGAUCCAUUUGAUGAAGUCUACAAGUGUGAAUAUUCAGCUUCAUUAUCAUUUUAAAUUUAUUUUCUGUGAUGUCAUGUCAUUCAUGUGCAUAACAUUCUACGCAGUGUGUACACCUCAAGAAUAUUAAUGACGUAAAUGAAAAUCUGUCCAUUUGUUAAUACGUAAUGAAAAAAGUAAAUAAAUACAUGCAUACUUACGCAUAUUUAUAUAAAUACACAUUAAAACGUAAGAACGAUUAGCGCAUCAAUAACCAAAUGCAAUAAAAUGAUGCUGGCCAAAAAAUCAGCAACAUGCAUUUUAAACAUCUUACCACUGUUUAAUACUGUCUAAAAUAAAUAUUGGUUUGGUUUUUAACUUUUUCAAAAUUUGUCAUUCAAUAUAUAUACAAUGAGGUGUUGUGAAACACAAUAACAAGUAUAAAUAAGUGAAUCAAAUAUUGUUUUGUAUUAUCCAUAUGUCAAAUUAGUUUUGGUAACUUAAUUCCAUCACAUUUCUGUUUUUGUUUUUUGUUAAUAUAAUUUGAUAAAUUCUUAGGAUGUAAACAAAAUAUGGACUGCAAUGACAGAAUCAUGAAAAUAGCUAAAAUAGCUAACAAAUCAGCAUGAAUUUCGGAAAUGAAUGAAAAACAUAAUAUUUGUGAUGCUGUAUGUUGUUAAAAAACAUGAACACGGAAUACGUAAUACGAACCAGUAAUUUUUCUUUAAAUACAUAAAGAAAAAUAAGUA